AUGGCAGGGCGAUGGGGUGUUAUCUUGGACGCCGGGUCUUCAGGGACACGACUACACAUAUACCGUUGGAAGGAUCCCGAGAAGGCGCUUAAGGAUGCGACGCCCGAGGAGUUAGGCAGUCUGCCCAAGAUCACGACUAAAAAGAAGUGGACGAAGAAGAUUAGACCCGGAAUAUCUACAUUCGGCGAGAAGGCUGGGGUAGUCGGCGAAGAUUACCUGAAGGAACUCAUCGACCAUGCGCUCGACAUCAUACCCGCGGACAAGGUCCACGACACCCCGAUAUUUUUAAUGGCCACGGCUGGCAUGCGCCUUCUUCCCCAGGUCCAACAAAAUGCGAUAACCGGCGCUGUUUGCUCAUACCUGCGCAAGAACACGAAUUUCUCACUUCCGGAUUGCGACCUCCAUAUUCAGGUUAUUCCGGGCGAAACCGAGGGAUUGUACGGGUGGAUUGCGUCCAACUAUCUUCUGGGAGGGUUCGAUUAUCCGGAUCAACAUGCGCAUGGAAAGGGUCAUCACACAUAUGGGUUCUUGGACAUGGGAGGCGCAUCGGCGCAAAUCGCAUUUGCACCUAAUUCAACCGAAGCUGAGAAGCAUGCGAACGAUUUGAAGCUCUUGCGACUACGAACACUCGAUGGAUCGCCAGCCGAAUACAAAGUGUUCACGACGACAUGGCUAGGGUUCGGCGUCAAUCGGGCGCGGGAGGCGUACGUACAAAGUCUCAAAGAAUUAUACACAACUUCCGACGCCGGAGAACUCCCCGACCCGUGUCUACCAAAGGGGUUGAGGAUGUCACUGGACGGGACUCCAGUUUCGAAACCGAAGAAGGGCGAGACCAGUCUAAUUGGAACAGGCGCUUUCGACGAAUGCCUCAAGAAGACCUAUCCCCUGCUCGGCAAGGACAAACCAUGUGCGGAUGACCCCUGUUUGAUCAAUGGCCAGCACGUACCGGCUAUUGACUUUGAUGUCAACCACUUCGUUGGAGUCUCCGAAUAUUGGCACACCACACAUGGUGUCUUUGGUGGUAAAAACGACGAGGCAUACGAUUUCACCACUUACCAGAAGCGGGUCAAGGACUUCUGCAGCCGGGACUGGAACAGCAUCGAACCAAGCCCGGAUACUCACAAGAAGAAGUUUGCGGUCAAGGAUGCGCAAGAAGCCUGUUUCAAAGCUUCCUGGCUCAUCAAUAUCCUACAUGAGGGUAUUGGUGUUCCUCGUAUCGGGGUCGAAGAGCUCCCUGAGCCGGGCCUCAAUGCCUCGAAGGGCGCCAUCGAGAAGGCCAAGCAAAAGGGUUUCUUGGACCCAUUCCAUCCUGUGGACAAGAUCGAUGGCAUUGAAGUCAGCUGGACACUUGGCAAGAUGGUUCUCUACGCAGCAGGGCAAGUACCUCCCAAGACCGGUGAUGACAGAUAUCCUGUCGGUUUCGGUACCAAUAUCCCUUCUGCCGGGGCAACGGCGCUGCCACCCGAUUUCCAGUACGCAGGUUCAACAUGGACACCUCUGAGCGGCGGAGCCAGCCACAACGACUCUCCUUAUUACCCGGUCGUCAAUGGAACAGAAGAUGGCAAUGAUUGGGAUCUGAAAGCCGAGAAUCUCCUUGGCAAGACAAAAGCCAAGGCGACUCACAGUCUUCUCAUCAUUUUCCUCAUCUUCCUUGUCCUUCUGUUCUUCUUCCGCAAGAAGGACAGGCGUAUGCGCUUCUAUGGCCGUGUCAGCAAUUUCUUCCAUAAGCCCCGCCGCUCCGGCCGUUUCGGCAAGGUGUCCUCGUCCAGCCAUAGUAGCGGUCCCCUCUCCAGCCUGAAAAACAAGCUUUUUGGCCGCCGCUCCUCUUCGGGCUCUUAUGAGCGUGUUCUGGAGGAAGGCGGAGCCGAUGAGUUCGAGCUCAACGAUUCCCACUUCCGCAACUCCUCGGCAUCCUCCUACUUUGACCACAACAACGAUCUCAACGACUUCUACUCCGACUCCAGUGACAGCAGCUCAAGAAGAGGGGGACGGUCCAAGCUCGGGGUAACGUCAGGGUUGGCAACGCCCAAGCUUAACGUGGAUAGCCGGUUUGCUGAUCUCGGCGGCGGCAAUGGGUUGUCAACGCCUGGCGGGUCGGCGCUCGAUAGGGCGGGCUUGGUGGUCAGAACGGAUAGUCGAGAGCGGUUGGGUUUGACGCCCACAACGACGACUAUGAGUCUACAGGGGAGGAGGAGCCGGGCUGGUAGUCCCACGAGGCUUAAAAGUCCUAUGAUGUCGCCUAUGCAAGAUUGA